GGCGAUGAAGCCCCGCGUCGUGGCGCAUUCCAAGGCCAGAUCGGGCGGAAAGGCGGCCGUGCCGCAGCAGGCCGUCUUCGAGAUGAAGCAACGGGUGAUCCUCUUGCUGAACAAGCUCGCCGACCGCGACACGUACAAUAUCGGCGUGGAAGAGCUCGAGAAGGCCGCUUUGAGGUUGACCCCCGACAUGAUCGCUCCUUUCCUGUCGUGCGUCACCGAGACCAAUGCCGAGCAGAAGAGCGCCGUCCGCGCGGAGUGUGUCCGACUGAUGGGUACCCUGGCGAGGUCCCAUAGGAUCCUCUUGGCUCCCUAUCUCGGCAAGGUGGUCGGUUCCAUCGUCAAGCGCCUCAAGGACACGGAUUCCGUCGUCCGUGACGCCUGCGUCGAGGCGUGCGGCGUUUUGGCGACCAGCAUUAGAGGCGGGGAAGGCGGCGGAGGGGCAACGUUCGUUGCAUUGGCCAAGCCCCUUUUCGAAGCUUUGGGUGAGCAGAACCGAUACGUGCAGGUGGGUGCGGCGCACUGCUUAGCGAGGGUCAUCGAUGAGGCCAGUGAUGCUCCGCAGAACAUCUUGCCACAGAUGCUCACGCGUGUCAUAAAGCUGCUGAAGAAUCAGCAUUUCAUGGCUAAGCCGGCGAUCAUUGAGUUGAUCAGAAGCAUCAUACAGGCAGGAUGUGCUUUAGCAGAGCAUACUUUAUCUGCUGCAGUUACGAGCAUUUUGGAAGCUCUUAAAAGUAAUGAUUGGACAACACGCAAAGCUGCUUCUGUGGCAUUGGCUGGAAUCGCCGUCAACCCUGGAUCUUCUUUGGCUCCUCUGAGAAGUUCUUGCCUCCACUUCCUUGAAUCCUGCAGAUUUGACAAAGUGAAACCUGCGCGGGAUUCAAUCAUGCAUGCCAUACAGUGUUGGAGAGCUCUCCCAGUGACCCAUUCUUCUGAAACUUCAGAGGCUGGAUCAUCCACAAAAGAAAAUUUUGGCAAAGACAUUAAUGUAGUCACCGGUGUAUGCAAUAGUCGAUGGAGAGACACAUUGUCUAGAAAAAAUGGUCCUGUUUCUGACUUAUGUGGAAAUUCCACCAGUUCAACACAAAAAAGAGCUCCUCUAUCUGUCAGGAAACCAUGUACAACUAAUAUGCAGAGUCAUCAACGUAUGAAGUCAAACGAUUGGCACAUUGCGAUGUCAGUCCCCAAGACUCAUGGUACACCAUUGGUUAAUAGCAAUAGUGUAAAGUCUGACAGUAAUGUAAUAGAUCUUUUAGAAAGAAGGAUGCUAAAUACUGCUGAACUCCAAAAUAUCAACUUUGAUUAUGGUUCUGUGUUUGAUAAGACAGAAUGCUCUUCCGUAUCCGUUCCAGAUUAUCGGAUCUAUGAGAUGGAGCAUUUAACUGUAUCUCAUGACUGUGAUGGGGAGAAUGAUUCUGAGGGCAAUGAUUCAAUAAGUCCAACAAGAAAUAAUCAUUCUGCCAUUGAGGACAAUGGACGAGAAUGCCUUGGUACCCAGGAGCGGAAGAGUCCGGAGUCCACUAUUUCAGAUUUGUGUUCACGCAGUAUGCAUGGAUGUUGUGUGCAUGCUGCAAAUGGACUGGCUGCCAUCAAACAGCAACUCCUAGAAAUUGAAACAAAACAAUCAAAUUUGCUGGAUCUCUUACAGGUGUUCAUUCGAAACUCAAUAGAUAAUGUUUCAAAGCUACAGUCAAAAGUGAAUUUCUUGGAGCAAACUCUAGACAAGAUGACACAUUCUGUUGCUGAAUGUGAAAAUUAUUCUAGCAUGGUUUGCUCAAAAAUAUUGAAGAAAGUUCAAACAGUGUCUUCGUCCCCUAAGCUUACACCUAGGCCAUCAGUGGAUAACAACUACAAUGAUUCAUCACUUUUAUCUUCAAAAAGCAUGGAGAUUUGGCAGGAUAAUUUGUCUUCAAAGAGUAGAUCUAGCACUUCGGUCAUAGAGGAAGGGGAGAUUUUGGAGGAUUCACCACUUGACAUACUGCAAAGUCCAAUACCCAGAGGUGUAGGAAACAACUCAGGAAGAAGCCUUAUAUCUCUAAGAAACCAAGAAAGAGAUGCGAAAGAUGCAAGCGUCGGGGCUAGCAAUUUGAAAGAUGUGAAUGGAUACCUGAAACGAAUUAAGGAAUUUCUUAGUGCAGGGAAUUUGGAGUCAGCUUAUGUGGAGGCAAUACUUUCUGGUGAUGAUCUUAGUCUUGUCCUGCUCAUGGAUAGAACUGGCCCUGUUCUGGAUAAAUUGUCACACGAGACUACGAAUGAAGUACUUUCCAUUAUGGCCACAAACUUUGUCAAUCGAAGAUAUCUGGAAGGUGCAAUUCCAUGGUUGCAGCAGGUGGUUAAUUUGACCAUGGCUAAUGAACCGAGGAACCUCUUCCUGUCUACAAAAGCACAGAUGGAUUUCCUAUUAGCACUGCAGGUAGCAGCAACAAGGGGAUGCGCUGAUCCAGUAGCAAAGACGUCCAUAUCGCGGUUAGCAGUAAAGUUGAGCAAAUUAUGGCAUGGUGACCCAUCCAGGAAGGGUCUGCCUCCGAGAGGAUCACAAGGGAACAAGAAAUGUGCUUUCUAGAACAAGGAGAUGACAUCUAUUUCGCAUUAUAUUCAACUUCUGAAGAUUUUGUAUCAUGAUACUUUCUCCUUUAAAUAAAUUUUCGGUUCACCCAUGUCGUUUCUCCAAAUCUUACAAUGUAAGUGAUAGAAAAAUGCAAAUCAUGACCCAUACAAUGGAACAAAAAUAAG